CAAUUUUUAAACUGUGUAUUGUCGCGACAGAGACUGCUUUUAUUUUGUCCCUCCAGCGGGCUCCGAGAGUUUCACAAUGCUGGCGAGAACUUGCUUUGCCGCAUCCUUCCGACCGACGGCGGCCACCCCAGUCGUGCUCGACUUUCUCGCCCCCUCCACGCUGCAGAGCUGUCGUCUGUACAACUCCACAGCUACCAAUCAGUCCGCUGCAUCCGCUGCAAGCUCGGCACAAAGAUCAUCUGGCUCAAAACCAAGAUAUGCUCUCAAUGCGAAUCAACGCGAAUUCCUUGAUAGCGCCCUCCGAGUCAAUCAGGCGGGCGAGCUUGCGGCAACUCUGAUCUACGCGGCGCAAACGCCACAAGUCGUGCGCUCACAUCCUCAUUUACGACCCUUGAUGAAGCACAUGUAUGACCAGGAAGUCGGUCAUUUCAACACAUUCAACCAUCUUAUCGCGAAGCAUCGCGUACGACCGACGGCGAUGUACCCAGUAUGGUACGCGGCAGCGACGUUUCUAGGCUGGUCAACCGGAGUAAUGGGGCGUGAGGCGGCGAUGGCGUGUACCGAAGCUGUAGAAACUGAGAUUGGAUCCCACUAUAACGAUCAAGUGCGGGAGAUUCUUUCAUGGAAGGCAGAGGCGGAAAGGCGGGGUGAGGAGCUGGACCCUGAACUGGAGGAAAUGCUUGCAAAUUUCCGGCGCAUCCGCGACGAGGAAUUAGAGCACCUGGAUCACGCCGUUGAAAAUGAUGCCAAAGAGGCCAAGCCUUAUGAUCCCUUGGUCAACUUCAUCCGUUAUGGUUGCAAGGCCGCCAUCAAGAUCAGCGAAAAGGUAUAAACGGAAUCAUAAGGACCUUUGAAGUUUCACGAUACACGACGUGUAAAGCAGCUAAGGGUAGUUGCGGCGCACCAGUACCAUCAUGUGGAUUAGGUUCAUCUUCUAUACUGUACUAUAUUUAUCCACCCAUGUGUAGUCGAUCAACCGCAUCGACAUUCGCUCCA